UGGGAUCUUCCUGGACCGGGACACAAACCCGUGUCCCCUGCAUCGGCAGGCGGACUCUCAACCACUGUGCCACCAGGGAAGCCCUGCAGAAGCUCUUUAUCGGAGGUUUGAGCUUUGAAACAACUGAUGAGUGUCUGAGGAGCCAUUCUGUGCAGCGGGGAAUGCUCACACAUUGGGUGGCCACGAGGGAUCCAAACACCAGGCGCUGCAGAGGCUUCGGGGUUGUCACAUACGCCACUGUGGAGGAGGUGGAUGCAGUCAUGAAUGCAAGGCCACACAAGGUGGCUGGAACAGUUGUGGAACCAAAAAGGGCCGUCUCAAGAGAAGAUUCUCAAAGACCUGGUGCCCACUUAACUGUGAAAAAGAUUUUUGUUGAUGGCCUUAAAGAAGAUGCUGAAGAACAUCACCUAAGAGAUUAGUUUGAACAGCAUGGGAAGACUGAAGUGACUGAAAUCAUGACUGACCAAGGUAGUGGCAAAAAGAGAGGCUUUGCUUUCGUAACCUUUGAUGACCAUGACUCUGUAGACAAGACUGUCAGUCAGAAAUACCACCCGGUGAAUGGCCACAACUGUGAAGUAAGGAAAGCCCUCUCUAAGCAAGAGAUGGCUAGUUCCCCAUCCAGCCAAAGAGGUCGAAGUGGUUCUGGAAACUUUGGUGAUGGUCGUGGAGGGGGUUUUGGUGCGAAUGACAGGUUUGGUCGUGGAGGAGACUUCAGUGGCCGAGGUGCCUUUGGUGGCAGCCGCGGUGGCGGGGGAUAUGGUGGCAGUGGGGAUGGCUAUAAUGGGUUGGGUAAUGAUGGAAGCCAUUUUGGAGGUGGUGGAAGCUACAAUGAUUCUGGCAGUUACAACAAACAAUCUGCAAAUUUUGGACCCAUGAAAGGAGGAAACUUUGGAGGCAGAAGUGCUGGCCCCUGUGGUGGUGGAGACCAAUACUUUCCCAAACCACAAAACCAAGGUGGCUGUGGCGGUUCCAGCCGCAGCAGGAGCUGUGGUGGGGGCAGAAGGUUUUAACUACUCCCGGGAAACAAAGCUUAGCAGGAGAGGAGAGACAGAGAAGUGACGGGGAAACUCCAGGUUACUAAAGCGUUGUGAACUCAGCCAAGCACAGUGGUGGCAGGGCCUAACUGCUACAAAGAAGACAUGUUUUAGACAGUACUCGUGUGUGGGGAAAAAAACCUCGAGGACUGUAUUUGUGGCUAAUUGUAUAACAGGUUAUUUUAUUUUAUUUAUUUAUUUUUUGCGGUACGCGGGCCUCUCACUGUUGUGGCCUCUCCCGUUGCGGGGCACAGGCUUCGGACGCGCAGGCUCCAGAAGCGCAGGCUCAGCGGCCAUGGCUCACGGGCCCAGCCGCUCCACGGCAUGUGGGAUCUUCCCGGACCGGGGCACGAACUCGUGUCUCCUGCAUCGGCAGGCGGACUCUCAACCACUGC